AUGAUCAAGGACAAUAUGCUAUGCCCCACGAUUCUGUUGCUCGCUCUUGUUUCUCAAGUCGGAUCCUUCACGCUACUACUACCUUGCUUGAAUACGAUUCAUCAGCAGAAACAUCAUCAGGAUAAGCAAUGUUGCUCGUCCAUCAAGCUACUUGUUGGUGAUGGUGGUGGCACGUUUGAGAAUGUUCAGAAUCGUGAGAAGACUCAGGCAUCAUCGUCUUCUUCUUCUUUUUCUACUUGUUCUCCUUCUUUGCUAGUAUCAUCCAGAAAAAGCAGCAGAAGCAGUAGCACUCGGCGGAAUGCUAUAAUCUAUGGCUGGGAUGGAGAAGAUUCCGAUGAAACCGAUACCACAUCCACAGCAGCAGCAUCCACAGCAGCAGCAUCCACAGUUCCAUCGUAUUUCACAGUGGAUUCCGACAUUGGUCCCGAUGCCUGUCCUCCCGAAGGAUUGGCCGUCGCCAUGAAGUUGAGCGACGAUCUCGGACGGAUGGGAAGCUUGGCACGAUUGGCGGCUGCCUUUUCUCCACCCGAACAAGGUUUGUCCAUUCAGGAUAUUGAAAAGGUCGAAGUGACCUGCGUCCGAGAACAUCAAAUUGAAUUGGAAGCGAUCUUGUGUGAAACCUAUGGAUGUGUGACACUCAGCGUGCCGGUGCAAUUUCCAAACGAAUGUGGGGACAUGGAUAUGGAAUGUGCGAUUCAGAAUUUGGAUUCUCUGGAUAUACGAGCGGAAACUAUGGUAUCUCACAUGCAAGCAUCCAUGGAAGAACUGUCAUUGGACAAUGCUGAUUUGGAGGAAUUGGUAGAAUUGAAUGAUAAAACGUCCUUUCCCAACUGGUGGGUACCACCUGGUGAUAUCGAUGAAAUGGGAAAAGAAUGCGAAUCUAUUAAAUCCCUCCUCAACGAAGCGGAAUUUCAUUCCGAGAUUGUGGCCUUGGCACAAGAUGGAAUGGAAAAGAAUGCCAAUAUUAAUGGAAAUGGAUGGAACAACAACCAAGAGAUCGGAUCUCUGACUGGCAAAAGUGCGGAGUAUCAAGUCCAGCGAGCCAAAGUGGCAGCCGUCGGUCCCGCCGGAAUUUGCAUCAAGGUGGCGGCCAUUCAACUAUCGGAACCAGGACGGGGCACUCAAUACUUGGAUGUGGCCUAUCCCUUUUCCGCCAGUAGUGUCAGUACUAUUCAUGAUGCGGCAACCUUGCGGGCCAAUGUCUUGGGAGUGGUGAUUGCGGCAGCCGACAAAGGACAACACUAA